UUCGCUUCCGUUAUUUUUCGCUGCGCAUUGUUGUGAAUUUGUGUCGUUUAUAAGUAUUUGGAUUACCUACUUUUAGAAUAGAUUGAAUUAUUUCUUCUUAUUUCGUAAUAAGUUAAGUUGAUAUAUUUUUAAGUGACAAAAUUUAACUAAACAUUCUUUUGGGCAAUUAUAACUGAAAUUAAAAUGCAGAUUUUUGUGAAAACUCUUACGGGUAAAACUAUUACCUUGGAAGUAGAGCCGUCAGACACCAUCGAAAAUGUAAAAGCCAAAAUUCAAGACAAAGAGGGCAUUCCUCCCGACCAGCAGAGGCUUAUUUUUGCUGGAAAGCAAUUGGAAGAUGGAAGAACCCUCUCCGAUUAUAACAUUCAAAAAGAGUCUACCCUUCACUUAGUUUUACGCCUUCGAGGUGGUAUGCAAAUUUUCGUCAAGACACUCACGGGUAAAACAAUCACUCUUGAAGUCGAGCCUUCUGACACAAUCGAAAACGUAAAAGCCAAAAUUCAAGAUAAGGAAGGAAUCCCUCCUGAUCAACAGCGUCUUAUUUUUGCGGGCAAACAAUUGGAAGAUGGUCGCACACUCUCUGACUACAAUAUUCAAAAGGAAUCUACAUUGCAUUUGGUGCUAAGAUUACGUGGUGGAAUGCAAAUUUUUGUGAAGACCUUGACUGGGAAGACCAUUACUUUAGAAGUAGAGCCCUCUGACACAAUUGAAAAUGUUAAAGCCAAAAUUCAGGACAAAGAAGGAAUCCCUCCUGACCAACAGCGAUUGAUCUUUGCUGGUAAACAACUUGAAGAUGGUCGUACUCUCUCCGACUACAACAUUCAAAAGGAAUCCACUUUACACUUGGUUCUGCGUCUGAGAGGUGGAAUGCAAAUAUUUGUAAAGACUUUGACUGGAAAGACCAUCACCUUGGAGGUUGAGCCUUCGGACACAAUUGAGAAUGUCAAAGCUAAGAUCCAAGACAAAGAAGGCAUCCCUCCUGACCAGCAGCGAUUGAUCUUUGCUGGCAAACAACUUGAAGAUGGUCGUACUCUCUCUGACUACAACAUACAAAAAGAAUCCACUCUACACUUGGUUCUGCGUCUGAGAGGUGGUAUGCAAAUAUUUGUGAAGACCUUGACUGGAAAGACCAUCACCUUGGAGGUUGAGCCUUCUGACACAAUUGAGAAUGUGAAGGCUAAGAUUCAAGAUAAGGAAGGCAUCCCUCCUGACCAGCAGCGAUUGAUUUUUGCUGGUAAACAACUUGAAGAUGGUCGCACUCUUUCGGACUAUAAUAUCCAAAAGGAAUCAACCCUUCACUUGGUCCUGCGUCUGAGAGGUGGAAUGCAGAUAUUUGUGAAGACUUUGACUGGAAAGACCAUCACCUUGGAGGUUGAGCCAUCUGAUACAAUUGAGAAUGUGAAGGCCAAGAUUCAAGAUAAGGAAGGCAUCCCUCCUGACCAGCAGCGAUUGAUCUUUGCUGGCAAACAACUUGAAGAUGGUCGUACUCUCUCUGACUACAACAUUCAAAAGGAAUCCACUCUACACUUGGUUCUGCGUCUAAGAGGUGGAAUGCAGAUAUUUGUCAAGACUUUGACUGGAAAGACCAUCACAUUAGAGGUUGAGCCGUCAGACACUAUCGAGAAUGUCAAAGCUAAGAUCCAAGACAAAGAAGGCAUCCCUCCUGACCAGCAGCGAUUGAUCUUUGCUGGCAAACAACUUGAAGAUGGUCGUACUCUCUCUGACUACAACAUACAAAAGGAAUCCACUCUACACUUGGUUUUGCGUCUGAGAGGUGGUAUGCAAAUAUUUGUGAAGACCUUGACUGGAAAGACCAUUACCUUGGAGGUUGAGCCUUCUGACACAAUUGAGAAUGUGAAGGCCAAGAUUCAAGAUAAGGAAGGCAUCCCUCCUGACCAGCAGCGAUUGAUCUUUGCUGGCAAACAACUUGAAGAUGGUCGUACUCUCUCUGACUACAACAUACAAAAAGAAUCCACUCUACACUUGGUUCUGCGUCUGAGAGGUGGUAUGCAAAUAUUUGUGAAGACUUUGACUGGAAAGACCAUCACCUUGGAGGUUGAGCCUUCUGACACAAUUGAGAAUGUGAAGGCUAAGAUUCAAGAUAAGGAAGGCAUCCCUCCUGACCAGCAGCGAUUGAUUUUUGCUGGUAAACAACUUGAAGAUGGUCGCACUCUUUCGGACUAUAAUAUCCAAAAGGAAUCAACCCUUCACUUGGUCCUGCGUCUGAGAGGUGGAAUGCAGAUAUUUGUGAAGACUUUGACUGGAAAGACCAUCACCUUGGAGGUUGAGCCUUCUGACACAAUUGAGAAUGUGAAGGCCAAGAUUCAAGAUAAGGAAGGCAUCCCUCCUGACCAGCAGCGAUUGAUCUUUGCUGGCAAACAACUUGAAGAUGGUCGUACUCUCUCUGACUACAACAUUCAAAAGGAAUCCACUCUACACUUGGUUCUGCGUCUAAGAGGUGGAAUGCAGAUAUUUGUGAAGACUUUGACUGGAAAGACCAUCACAUUAGAGGUUGAGCCUUCAGACACUAUCGAGAAUGUCAAAGCUAAGAUUCAAGACAAAGAAGGCAUCCCUCCAGACCAGCAGCGUUUGAUAUUUGCUGGAAAGCAACUUGAAGAUGGUCGCACUCUUUCGGACUAUAAUAUCCAAAAGGAAUCAACCCUUCACUUGGUCCUGCGUCUACGAGGUGGUAUGCAAAUCUUUGUAAAGACAUUGACUGGAAAGACCAUUACUUUAGAAGUAGAGCCCUCUGACACAAUUGAAAAUGUUAAAGCAAAAAUUCAGGACAAAGAAGGAAUCCCUCCUGAUCAACAGCGUCUUAUCUUUGCUGGUAAACAACUUGAAGAUGGUCGUACUCUCUCCGACUACAACAUUCAAAAGGAAUCCACUCUACACUUGGUCCUGCGUCUGAGAGGUGGAAUGCAAAUAUUUGUGAAGACUUUGACUGGAAAGACCAUCACCUUGGAGGUUGAGCCUUCUGACACAAUUGAAAACGUAAAAGCCAAAAUUCAAGAUAAGGAAGGAAUUCCUCCUGACCAACAGCGACUUAUCUUUGCUGGUAAACAACUUGAAGAUGGUCGCACUCUUUCGGACUAUAAUAUCCAAAAGGAAUCAACCCUUCACUUGGUCCUGCGUCUGAGAGGUGGAAUGCAGAUAUUUGUGAAGACUUUGACUGGAAAGACCAUCACCUUGGAGGUUGAGCCAUCUGAUACAAUUGAGAAUGUGAAGGCCAAGAUUCAAGAUAAGGAAGGCAUCCCUCCUGACCAGCAGCGAUUGAUCUUUGCUGGCAAACAACUCGAAGAUGGUCGUACUCUCUCCGACUACAACAUUCAAAAGGAAUCCACUCUACACUUGGUUCUGCGUCUGAGAGGUGGUAUGCAAAUAUUUGUGAAGACCUUGACUGGAAAGACCAUCACAUUAGAGGUUGAGCCUUCUGACACAAUUGAGAAUGUCAAAGCUAAGAUCCAAGACAAGGAAGGCAUCCCUCCAGACCAGCAGCGUUUGAUAUUUGCUGGUAAGCAACUUGAAGAUGGACGUACUCUUUCUGAUUACAACAUCCAAAAGGAGUCUACUCUUCACUUGGUUCUCCGUCUCCGUGGUGGAAAUUAAAAUGUAUCUUUAUGCUUAGCUAUUGCAGUAUUAGACAAAAUUGUUUGAUGUAUUCAUUCCAAUAUUAACAUUCAAUAAAUAGCUUGGUAUCUGAA